AUCCUUUCCUCUAUAAAACUGACCAGCUAAGUAUUUCAUGGAGAAUUUUCCGGAUCUGAUCCAAUCCUCCUAGUCUUAGGGUUUCGGAUUUGGACAUGUCUAGGGUUUCUCCAAAAGUUGAUAUUAUUGAUAUGCUUCAGAAGGCGUCGGUUCCUAAUUUUGCUACUGAUGGUUCUGCUGCGAAACAGAUCAAGGAACUUUCUGCGGAGGUGACCAAAUUGAAAUGGCUCCGGGAGGAAAGGAGAAGCUCUCGGUUUCAGAGCAACCUGUUCCUCGUUCCUCUUGGAAAGAUAAGUUUGGUGAUGAUGGGGCUUAUAGGAAGAUUUUAGAGAAUGGUCCGUGGCAUUUUAAUGGCAGGCUUAUGGUGCUACAGCAGUGGUAUCCCCAGAUGGAACUGGCGAAAGUGGGUCUAUCUAAGGUUCCUUUAUGGAUUCAGAUUUUUAAUAUUCCAUUAGAAUACUGGAAUGGUCCAGGGUUGAGUUACAUUGCAAGUGCAGUGGGCAAACCCCUCUAUGCUAAUGAGGUAACUGAAGCUAAUCAGCGCCUUAGCUUUGCUUGGGUCUGUUUUGAAGUUGAUAUCGACUCUGUGCUUCCGGAAUCGUUUGAGCUGCAGUUUCCUAAGGGGCUUGUACUGAUCUUUUUGUUAGGUAUCCGUGGAAACCUUCUCGUUGCAGUAAGUGUAAAGUUUUUGGCCAUAAUGAAUGUUCUGUGCCUGAUGUUGUGCCAAAGGCUGAAGGUAAAAUAUGGGUGGUUAAGCAAGGCCCCUCGUUACCUGCUACUGGGUGUGCUUCUCCAAUUGAGGAGAAGGGUGGGGGUGGUAAAUUUCAAGGGGGUAGGAGGAGAAAGAAGAAAUGAAUAGAGUUGGUUCUUGGAAUAUAAGGGGUUUGAAUGAUCCCCUGAAACAAAAUCAGGUUCGGCGGUGGAUUGACAAUAAUAAGUUGGCCUUUGUUGGUCUUGUUGAAUCUAAGGUUAGGUUAAAUAAUUUGGAUUCUACUAUGAGGACUUGUUCGCCCUCUCAGUGGGGUUUCGUUCAGAAUAUAGGGUCUAGUGUGGUUGCCAGGGCUCUUGUUGCUUGGGACCCUUCUUGUUAUGUUGUUUCUCCAAGUCUUAUUACUGAUCAGAGUAUUACUUGUCGAGUUCAGCAGGUCCAGUCACAGCUUUUCUUUUAUGUGUCUGUGAUUUAUGGCUUCAAUAACCUCUGGAUGGGAGGGUGUUAUGGCAUGAUCUUCGUUCUUUGUAUGGUGUAGUUGGUGUAGGGAUGGCCAUCUCGGCCGAUCCGUCCGUAUCCUAUCUGUUAUCCGUCCUAAACGGAUUGGAUUUUUCGGAUAUCGGGGCGGAUUCUGAAUUAUUUUUCAAAAAAAUUUCGGAGAUCGGAUCGGAUUCGGAGGUAAGUCUACCUCCGAUCCGAUCCGCCCCGACUCCGAUAUCCGAUCCGCCUCCGAAUAUCCGACUAUAUAAAUAUCUCUUACUUUUAGGGUUAGUGUUAGUCAAUAGUCAGUCUCCUACCCAAUCGACUUCACUUCACACAACCCUCCUCGACCAUGACUUCUCCCCCUUCUCUCUCUCUCCUCCCCAACCCCCCUCUCAUUCUCUCUCAAAAAACCCUCCGGCAACGAAGGGAUGCGGCAAUCUCCCCUCAGGAAUGCGGCCGCGAGACUCCCUCCCCAUGUUAGUUUUAUUUGUUUUUUUUUUCAAUCUGUGAGUUUUUUUUUAUCGAGUUCCAAUCUGUUUUUUUUUUCUUUCCCAAAUUCGGAUUUGGAUAUCUGUUCUCCGUUCGGAGCGGGGAUGGAGGACAAAAAUAUAAUCUGUUCGGAGUUCGGGGCGGAUUCGGAGGGUGGGUGGAGGGUUUGGAUUCGGAUAUUGCAAUAUCCGCCUCCGAUCCGCCCCAUUGCCAUCCCUAAGUUGGUGGGGAUGCUUGGCUGUUAAUGGGUGAUUUUAAUUCAAUUCGUAGGCAUAAUGAAAGGGUUGGUUCUGAGACCUUUGAUUCUGUUGCUACUUCUGAGUUUAAUGAAAGUCAGGAAGAUAUUGAUAUGGAUGAUAUGACCUCUCAGGGGCUCUUCUUUACCUGGUCAAAUAAGAGGGGUAGUUUAGGAUUGAUAGAGCAUUUGUUAAUUCUAGUUGGCAGGCUCAGUUUCCUGAAUCUGAGGCAGUCUUCCAGGCCCCCAGCAUGUCUGAUCACUGCCCUAUUGUGGUGUCUAUUCUUCCUCAAGCUAGGAGGAAAUCUUAUUUCAAGUUCUUUGUUUUUGGAUGUCCCCUGAGAAAUUUCUUAGUAUUCUGGUUCCCUCUUGGCAAUUGGAGGUGUGUGGGAAUCCUAUGGAUUGUUUAUCCUUCAAGCUUCAUCGGUUGAAGCCUUUGUUGAAGGAUUUCAACAAAGAAUUUUAUAGUGAUGUCCAUAAUAGAGUUCUUAAAGCUAAGGAGGAGUUGGAUCAGUUGCAGAUACAAUGUCUUAGUUCUCCUUCUGAUUCUGUGUUGCAUGGUUUGGAAAAGGAUGGGCUUAUGAAAUAUGUUGAGUUAGUUGCUGCUGAGGAAGCUUUUGUUCGGCAAAAAUCUAGGGUAAAGUGGCUGGCCUUAGGUGAUCAAAAUACAAAGUUCUUUCAUAAGAAGAUGUCUAGUCAUUUUAUGAGGGGUAAAAUUUUGUCUAUUUGCAAUGAUGCUGGGGUCAGAUUGGAGGAGCCUAAGGAGGUUAAAAAGGAGAUCUUAGGUUUCUAUAAGAAGCUUUUGGGUGACCCUUUCUCCCUUAAAAAGGAUUCUUCUGGCAUUUUGGACUCUCUCAUUCAUGCUAAGGUUCCUGGGCAUAUGGUGGACUGUUUGGUGAGGCCUAUCUCUGCUAUUGAAGUUAAGGAGGCUAUGUCUUCUAUUGGAGGGGAAAGGGCUCCUGGUCCUGAUGGUUUUUCUGCUUCUUUUUAUCAUAAGAAUUGGUCUAUUGUGGGUCCAAAUGUUAUCUCUGCAGUUCAAUAUUUCUUCACUCACAGAUGUUUGCCUAAGGGCUUGAAUGCCACAGCCUUGGCUUUGGUUCCAAAGAUUAGUUGCCCUCUCACUAUGAAGGACUUUAUGCCAAUCGCUUGUUGUAAUGUUGUUUAUAAGUGCAUCACUAAGAUUUUGGCGCUAAGGUUGCAACCUGUUAUCCCCUUUAUUAUCAAUCAUUCUCAGGCUGCAUUUGUUAAAGGAAGGGCUAUUUCAGAUAAUAUCGUUCUAAUGCAAGAGUUGGUAAGGAACUAUCAUAGGGGUUGGUAAGGAACUAUCAUAGGGAUGAUUCUCCUGAAAGAUGUGCCAUUAAAGUCGAUUUGAUGAAGACUUAUGACUCUGUAGACUGGAGUUUUCUCUUUGAGGUUAUGCAUGCUAUGAAUUUUCCUAAUACCUUUAUCAGAUGGGUUAAGAUUUGUGUUACCUCGCCUAUGUUCUCUGUUGUUGUGAAUGGUGAACUUGAAGGAUUCUUUCCUGGGAAGAGGGGUUUGGGACAGGGAGACCCAAUCUCUCCCUAUCUUUUCCUCUUUUUUAUGGAGGGUUUUUAUGCUAUUCUUGAAGAAAAGAUUAGAGAUGGGAAUUUUACCUUUCGUCCCCGUUGUGGUGGGCUGUCCUUAGCUCACUUAGCUUUUGCUGACGACCUGUUCUUGCUGUCUGGUGCUGAUUGGGAUUCUAUCUCUGUGUUUAAAGAGGCGCUGGAUGACUUCUAUUAUUUCUCUGGGUUGAAGCCCAAUCUUCAGAAAAGUCAAAUAUUCUUCUCAGGUGUGUCAACUACUAUUGAGGCUUCUUUAUUGUCUUUUUUGCCUAUUCCGGAGGGACAUCUCCCUGCUAGAUACCUUUGUGUGCCUCUGAUAUCCACUAGACUUCGAUAUGAUGAUUGUAUUCAGUUGAAGGAAAAAGUUCAGCAGAGGAUUAUUAGUUGGUCUAACAGAACUUUGUCCUUUGGGGGGAGGGCGCAGUUAAUUCACUCAGUUCUUUUUCAGAUCCAAAUGUAUUGGUGCUCCCUUUUCGUUUACCUCAGCGCAUCUUGAAGAAAUUGAAGCUUUGAUGAGGGCUUUUCUGUGGUCUGGGGUUGAUCUCAAGAAUUCUGGGGUUAAGGUUAAGUGGACAGAUGUUUGUGUCCCUAAAGUUGAAGGGGGUUUGGGUUUUAAACCUUUGAAAGAAUGGAAUAAGGCGAUUAUGUUAAGACAUUUAUGGGCUAUUAGUAAGAAAUCUGAUUCUCUUUGGGUUGAAUGGGUUC